CUUUGGAGGCGUGGUGAGUUGGCGGCUGCGGCCCAGUGCUGUUCGGGCUCCAGUUCAUCAUUAGAAGGGGGGAAGGCUUCGGAGUGCAGAAAGGCGCGGCUGUGAAUAACCCUGCAGCGAACAUGCCCCGAUCCUACCUCCGGCAGGACUCGGGGCUCAGGACGCCCGGCCAGAGAGGAAGCGGGGGCCGGAGGAGGGGGCCGCGCUGCACCCGGCACUCAAGGCCCCGGGGGCGGAGCCUGAGCGCGCCGCUGUCCAAUGAGCACGCGCGGGGGCGCUUCCUCGCCGGAGCUGGGCGUCUCACUCCGCCCCCUGCAGGGAUCGGGACAGGGCCGCUGGGCGCUCCGCCUCCGCGGAGCGGUGACCGUCACGGACCGGCGCCGCCGGGACCGGACCUCCGCAGGCCGAGAGUGUUAAGAAUCCAUUCCCUGUGCUUCGAGGGACGCGUGCGUGUUGUCUGCAGUUCCCGUGUGACGGCGGAUCAGAAGGCGCUGAGGAGCCCGCGCCUCCGGCCGGUGGCCAGUGGAGGUUCUUCUGUCCUCGGGAGCAUGCCUAGAUGAAUGAGGAGUUGGGACAAAGGGAAGAUAAGACAGGAGCGGACCGGUACAAGAGCAUAACUUUUUAAAACAGCUGAGUUUCCUCGAUAAACUCUUAAGAAGGGAGGAAGAUGCUGCCGUCGCUGCCCACCCUCACCGUCCUCAUCCCGCUGGUCUCGCUGGCAGGCCUGUUCUACUCCGCCUCCGUGGAGGAAGGCUUCCCCCAAGGCUGCACCAGCGCCAGCAGCCUGUGCUUCUACAGCCUGCUCUUGCCCGUCACCGUUCCCGUGUACGUGUUCUUCCACCGGGGGGCGGGGAGGGGGCUGAAGCUCUUCAGGCAUAAUGGGGGGGGGGGGGGGGUUUCCCGGGGGGGUCCCCCUCCCUCAGGGCUUGCGGAUUCUGAGUAGCGGUGCUGUAGCAGAAUAACACUUUCAAUAAAACGUCUCGAGGGAGGGAGAAGUGCUGCUCCCUUAUCGGAAGACGAUUUAUUUUCUUUGGAA